GAACACAGAAGAGCAACAGUCUAGCAGCAGAAGCGAGGAGAGGAAGCGACGAAACAGUAUCUCUGCUUGCAUUUGAAAUCGAGUGAAUCAAUCAGAUAAACGAACAACAGACUUAUUUACUGAAACGCAAACGACAAGCAGAGACCACGCCUUCUGUGCUGCUGCUGCUCUGGAUGUUAAGCGGCUGAGGUGUCUAAUUAAAAAAAGAAGGAAAGGAAAAAACAAACAAAGAAAGAAGAUGGUUAUGUAUUAAAACGUUGAAAGGAAGAGAGGCAAUAAAAGAUCAUUUAAAAUAAUCAGAGAGAGACAAGAAGGAAAGAGAAGAGAGGCGCAUAUAUUUGAGCUGCAACGCGAGGAUACACAACAAAAAGAUAAGGGAUUUUUUUUAUAUAUAUAUAAAUUGAUAUAUUUAUAUUUAUAUAUGUGGAUAUGUUUAGGUAUAUAUGUGUAUCUGUAUGCAUGUAGAUGUGUGCGUGCGCGCAAUGGAGAGAGAGGCUUAAAGACAACACAUAACAUACCUGAACUUCCAGGCGAACUCACUGUAGACCCUCGCUAUCAGGAGCUUGAAGUUCAUAGCUGUGGAUCAGCAGCCGCUCCGGAUGCAUCCUUUACCGGGGCUUUUACCAUCUUCAAUCCAUCGCCGAGACUGACAGAAACUAAAUAGGAGCCCCCACACCCCCACCCCUCCCCUCCACCCUCCCCUCUCCUCCGACAUCCCAAAAAAAUGGACAGCACAGAGCAGCUGGAGGCACUGAAGCAGCCCUCUUUCACCACCCUUCUCCCCCCUUCUCCGUCCCCGCAUCACCGCCAACAGAUGCCUCCUGGGGAGAAGAGCCUUCAAGCGCCUUCACUCCUCCAGCAGCAGCACCCGCUGGCCCCCUCCGCCGGCCCGUUGGGCAGCCAGCAGCCCCAGACUCCCAACUCCGCCGCGGCCGUUUCGCCCCCUCCCGGCGCCUCGAUGACCCAAGUCCACAGCUGCAGCUGCGGGCUCGGCGGGCAGAGCUUCGGGGGUCUCGGUAGGGGGUUAGGGGGCCUCCAUCAGCUUCUCGGCAACUCCACGCCCGCCUCUUCCAGUAACGCGUCUCCCGCUCUGCCUGGCUCUUUCAGGGUCCCGCACCCUCUCCAGCAUCCUGCGCUCAACUCCCAGUGCUUCGGUUCUCAAAACGCCCUCCACCCUCUGUCCAGCCGGCCCGGGAGCCAGCAAAACCUGAGCGACUUCCAGCUGCACCACCCUCCCCAUCAUCACUUGGCCUGCUUGUCUCCCAGCUCUGGGGCAGGAGAGAGGCUGUGCGGGGCAGGAGGGGUAGGGGGUGGGAUUGGAGGGGUGUGCUGCGCCACGGGCAAACACAGACAAGCCAGCCCCCUGGUCCAGAGACGGGACAGCAACCCCUUCACGGAGAUAGCCAUGAGUUCGUGCAAGUACAGCGGCGGGGUGAUGAAACCUCUCAGCCGACUCAGCGCCUCCCGGAGAAACCUCAUCGAAUCCGAGCCCGAGUCUCAGCCCAUGCAAGUGCUGGGCUCCGGGGUGCGGGGCGGGGGGAGCAGCAGCCCUCCUGAGAUCGUCAUCUCGUCCAAAGAGGAGCUCCGUCCGAUCCUCAACGCCAGCCUGAGCCACAGCAGCCAGAAUCACACCGGCGGGCCCGGGAGCGGCGCCGGCAGCGGAUCCAAUUCCGCCGGUACCGUCACCCAGGGCACCGCCGCCGCCAACAACCGGGCCGGCGGCAGCAGCUACUCCAAAGCCAACAAGAGAAAGAACCAAAACGUGGGCUACAAGCUGGGCCGCCGGCGAACCUUGUUCGAGAAACGGAAACGGCUCAGCGACUACGCGCUCAUUUUUGGGAUGUUUGGCAUCGUCGUCAUGGUGAUCGAGACCGAACUGUCGUGGGGAGUUUAUAGCAAGGACUCCAUGUAUUCCUUGGCGCUGAAGUGUCUGAUCAGCCUGUCGACGGGGAUCCUGCUGGGGCUCAUAGUGGCUUACCAUGCAAGGGAGGUGCAGCUCUUCCUGAUCGACAACGGUGCCGACGACUGGCGCAUCGCCAUGACGUACGAGCGCAUCUCCCUGAUCUCCCUGGAGAUGCUGGUGUGCGCCGUGCACCCAAUCCCGGGGCAGUACCGCUUCCUGUGGAAGGAGCGCCUCGCUUUCUCCUACACCCCGUCCCACGCCGACGCUGACGUGGAUCUCUCUCCUCUCUCUCUCAGGGUCAUGCUUCUUCACAGCAAGCUCUUCACAGACGCCUCGUCGCGCAGUAUUGGGGCUCUCAACAAGAUCAACUUCAACACCAGAUUCGUGAUGAAGACCCUCAUGACAAUCUGCCCAGGGACAGUGCUCCUGGUCUUCAGCAUCUCGCUGUGGAUCAUUGCAGCCUGGACUGUGAGAGUGUGUGAGAGCCCAACCCCCCCUCUCUCUCAGGGGGCGGGGUGUACAGCGCUGGUGGUGGCCGUGGUUGCUAGGAAACUGGAGCUCACGAAGGCGGAGAAACACGUGCACAACUUCAUGAUGGACACGCAGCUCACCAAACGGAUUAAGAACGCAGCAGCGAACGUCCUGAGGGAGACCUGGCUGAUCUACAAGCACACGAAACUGAUCAAGAAGAUCGACCACAGCAGAGUCAGGAAGCACCAGAGGAAGUUCUUACAAGCCAUUCAUCAGCUUCGUGAUGUAAAGAUGGAGCAGAGAAAGCUCACUGAUCAAGCCAACACGCUCGUUGACCUGUCCAAGGUAAGCAGCUCCUUCACAGAGGGGUCCCUGCACCGGUGGGGGGGGGGGGCAAUACUGUUAUCCCUCCUCUACCCGAAUUACAGGGUUCAAUUAAACUACAAAAGCGUGUCUAUUAUUAUUAUUAUUAUUAAUAUUAUUAUUAUUAUUAUUAUUUAUUAUUAUAAGGCUGAACCCAGACAGACAUAG